CUGUUGGGAGGACCACCCUGACCGGAGUCAGCACGCAGCCGAUGCCUCGCGAUGGCUCAUCAUCUGACAGACCGUCCAAUGAUAGAUGUCAUCCACGUCACGGCAAGAGAGAACUGUCAUCUUGUCAUUUAGUUUGUAUACUCGCCUCGCAUUAUUCGUCCACAUGUCCGUGCUAUAUUUUUAAUAAAGUAUUUUAAUUUGUUAUUUGUUGUCGUAAUCGCGAGUUUGUUAUUACAACAAUUUGGCGACGAGUAAAACUCGUGUUGGUCCGCGGAAAAUCGAGCGAAAAUAGUGUAUUUCGUCGUCGGGAAGCGAGUUGAAAAGUUCGACCGAGAUAGAGGUUAGCUGCUAUGUCUCGCGAAGGAACACCAAGCUGGGGGGCUAACGAAGGAGAGACCAUCUCAUUCCAGCAAGCCCUGACGCAGAUUCUCACUCAACAACAGAGACUGAUCACCCAGCUGUCCCAGCAGAUGUCAGCAACGCAGCUUGGCCUGAAGGAGCUUUCCCGUGACGACGUCGCACUGAAUGCGUUGGCAAACAACAUCAACGAAUUUCGCUAUGCUCCUGAAGAAGUGUGCACAUUCGACUCUUGGUACGCCCGAUACUCGGAAUUGUUCGACCAGGAUGCCAAGAAGCUCGACGAUUCCGCAAAAGUCCGACUCCUUAUGAGGAAACUCAACCCAGCGGCACACGAGCGAUACACGAGCUUCAUACUUCCGAAACAAUCAAACGAGUUCACGUUCAGUGAAACCGUCGAGAAGUUGAAGUCGCUUUUCGGAUCACCUGUCUCCAUCUUCCACCGGCGGUACCAGUGUCUGCAAACCGUCAAGGAUGACACGGAGGACAUCGUAGCGUACUCGUGCAAGGUGAACCGCGCUUGUGUGGACUUUAAACUUGCCGACCUGUCCGAGGAGCAAUUCAAAAGCCUCAUCUUUGUCUGCGGCCUCAAGUCAUCGAAGGAUUCCGAUAUUCAGAUGCGGCUGAUCACGAAGCUGAACGAAUCGUCCGAAAUCACCCUAACGAAGAUUGUGGAGGACUGCAGAAGCCUGAUGAACCUCAAGAGCGACAACGUACUGGUGGAAAAACAGUCUCCGUCAAGUGUGCAUGCUGUCAAGUACAACAACAAGAAGACUUCCAAGCCGAAGCACCAACCAUCGGCUGCGGGAAGUAGUAGUGGUGCGGAUCAGCCUCGUUCUCCAUGCUGGUCGUGUGGAGGGAUGCACUUUUCCAAGGACUGCCAGUUUCGUGAACAUACGUGUCGUGAUUGCGGGAAGAAAGGACAUAAGGAGGGGUAUUGCGCUUGCUUCGCCGGGAGAUCGACAGCCGGCAAGGGUAAAAAGCCUGCGCGGAACCAGAAGUCAACGAAAGUCGUCUCCGUUAAUUCCGUCAGUCGUGGAAGAAAGUAUGCAGAGGUGCGUAUCAACAACGUUCCCGUCCGCCUCCAAAUUGAUUCAGCGUCGGACAUAAGCAUUAUCACCGACGCAAUGUGGAAGCAAAUCGGAAAACCGGAACCAUCUCCACCGUCGUGCCAAGCAGUGACAGCUUCUGGAGAACCACUCAACAUCGCGUCCGAAUUAUGGUGUGACGUGACCAUCAACGGUGUCUCCAAACGAGGUUUGUGUCGUGUUAUGGUACCGGAAAUCAAUCUAUCAGUUCUAGGUUCCGAUUGGAUGGAUAAGUUUGGCCUUUGGGAUGUGCCAAUCAACUCCUUCUGCAACCAAGUCAGCAGUCGGACGCCAUCCGACGUAGCGUCACUCCAGGCGAAAUUCCCGUAAGUUUUCACCAACAAAAUGGGUCUUUGC